AUGAUGAGUGCUAUGGAGAUUCUCCAAAGUAGGUUGGAUCUUGAGCUAGUGAGCUAGUGGCUUAUCACCUGAUCAAGUGUUAUGAUUGAGCUGCCUUUCUAGUCUACUGAAAUGACAUCAGCUUCUUGAAACACGCCCAACAUAGUUCGCUCAAUAAUGGAGUAAAAAGGGUGUUUUCCCAAAUCGGUCCCUAUUAAAAAUGGCGUCAUUUCUCGCCUAAUCUUAAGCUCCAUUCAAAUCCCGGAUUAUCUAUCGGAAAGUUCAACAUCUACUGCAGAUUAGCAUGUUUUCAGCGAUAAUAUCAUAUGCUGACAUCGGCACCGAUGAGCCCGAAGACAUCAAGCCGGUUUUGCCGAUGGAAACUUUUUUCCUUGCAGUUCUACUCAUCCUUUUCUACUACAAACUAUUCAUGGUGCGUUUGAGAGGGUGCAACCCCUUUAGUAAUUAGCGGGGUUUUUUAAAACUUGCUUUUCACAAUUGAACUUUGGAGAUGUGCUGGUUCCGACCUAAUUCUGAGCACAAUAGAAAAAAUUGAAUCAGAUUGCGGGAUUUUUUUGCGAGAAUCAAACGUUUUCAGACAGUCGGAUGCGUGCUUUUCGACUUUCUCUACUCGACAGAAAUUCAAAAUCAGUUUGCCAAAACACUGACAAACGACGAGGACGAAAAUCAUCAAAAAGAGUUUCAGCGACACGUGAAGAAGACAAAUUGCUUCAAGAAACAACCAUUAUGCAACUGA